GAAAAUAUGUGACGGUGAUUUGGUCAUGUAGAAAUGAAAUAUUAGGUCUCAUUGCUGUGGGCUGAAAUAAAACAAAUGCUGAGUUAAAUCGGAAAUUGUGCUAUAUAUACACUGUGUACAUAUAUAACUCCUUAUAAAGAAAGUUAGGGAACAGAUUUAAUAACGCUUGGACAUCAAUAUUUGUGAAAACAUCGUUACUUGGUUAAAUUUUAUAGGAUUUCGUGAAGUAAAGUCAACACACGCGUAGAUGUAAUCCAUUGAAAAUUGUACUGAACUGCUUUUGUUCUUUUUGAACUUACCAAACUAUUCUUUAACCCAUUAACAAGAAUACGUUGGAAUCUGAAAUGGGUUGUGAUAGCUCGGCCCUCCCCUUUGAAUUCUGGUUGUGAUUAUAGUGUGGUCUGUAUUGUAGCCAGAGAUUUCUUUUAAGUAGGAAGGCGGUAGUUAUUUCUGUUCAAGAAUUCGACGGUGGUUUCGAGGGAGUCAUUAAGGAGAAACAUCGUUACUAUUCACCACAUUUCUCCAUGACAAAGAUAGACGUAGGAUAAUGUUGAUCAGUUUUUUCUUCCAGUGUGGGAUCCUUCCCCCACCCCCCAUCACCCUUGGAGACUGAUCCCUCGCGUAAUCCGAGGUCUAGCUAAAAAGAGGAGUUGUCGCAGAACAUGAUUCCAUAAGACAACAGUGAAUGAAAAUAUUCAAAAUGUCUUUACAAAAGAUGAUGCACGCUGAUGGCGAUAGUCCAAGACCUCUUGAAUGCUCUGCAGCUCAUAUAGAAAAAGUAUUGUACCAGCAAAUGAAGUCCCUCUUAAAUCAAGCAAAUGAAGUUGCUAAAAUGAGAGGAGCAAAAUCAAUUGAAGCAAUUGAUUUUCUUUUCUUAAUGCGAAAGAAUAGAGUGAAAGUCCGUCGAUUACUUGAUUAUUUUGCUGUGAAGGAUGCUAGAAGCAUAUUUAAUGCAGAAGCCCUCAAAGCUGACCAACCUAUUCAGAAAUCAUGCACUCUACAAAAGUGUUUAAAAGUAUUGAGAAAGAUUGAUAUUACUGGAGAACUGACAGACAGAAGGAUUAAAUUGUUUGAUGAAGUCAAAAACAGGAGACGACUUCGUGCUGAACUUGUGUCUCGGUUAUUAAAUGAGAAGAGAUACUUAGAAUAUGCAGCUGCUCGGACAGUGUCCUUCACAUUUGCACCAAAGAAGAGUGGUUUUAGGCUUAAUAUGUGGCUUCUUUCAAAGGGUGAAAAACUUCCAAGAUUGCCAAAGGAAAAGUCGCUUGGGUGUCAAAUACUCUGUUAUUUGGCUCGAGAAACUGUGUCACAAAUAAUGGACCUUACCUUUCUAGCUAGAGAAGAUAUGACAAUUACACGUGAUCCAGUUAACAAAAAUUAUCCAGCACUGUUUGGACCAAAUCUGCCUCAAUUUCCUAUGGAAGGAGUAGAGAAGAUUUAUGGCAUAACACCAGUAAUUCCUUCAGAGAUUGAAGCGGCUUUAGCACGUUAUUGGUCUCCGUGUUUCUAUCCAUUCAGUACAUUUUCACGAAAUGUGGGACCCCAAGUCCAUAAAAGGCUUCUAGCAUGCUGACGGAAGGAAAAAAAAAAAAUCAUACAGUUGAGACUCCAUCUUUUUCAGAUAUUGUCUGUAGGUUUCACGUGACUUACUGACAUGUUGACUGACUUUGUACUGAUUAGCACUUUAAAACAAGUUGAAAAUGAUAUGUAAGCUGUACAGUGUAAUUAGGUAAUUUAUUUUAUUUCUGCUGUUUUUGUAAGUAAUUGCAUUAUAAAUGCUUACAUAGAAAAAGGUAAA